AGUCGACCCAACAAUACAUUCAAAUGUGUUGUGAAUUGUAUUUCCCUUUCCUUUCAAUCCGUGUUUCACACCAUUUGAGUCUUCAUUUGUCUGUAACUGAAUCCGUCUCAGCGCUGGUCAUCCGUAGGCUAUUCUCGGGCGGAAAGACAAUUAUCAUCAACAAUGACUUCUUAUGCCAAACCCGAUCCCAACAAACCGGGAGUCGAAGAAACUCAGGUCCAGAUCCAUAGGAUUCGCAUCACUCUUACGAGUCCUAAUGUGAAGAGUCUUGAGAAAGUGUGCGCCGAACUGAUCAAAGGCGCCAAAGACAAGAAACUUCAGGUGAACGGACCCGUGAGACUGCCCACCAAGACGUUGAGAAUCACCACUCGUAAGACACCGUGCGGUGAGGGCUCCAAGACAUGGGAUCGCUUCCAGAUGCGGAUCCACAAGCGUGUGAUCGACUUGAGAAGCUCUUCAGAGACCGUCAAACAGGUCACCUCUAUUAGCAUUGAUCCCGGAGUCGACGUCGAAGUGACAAUCGCCGACCCGUAGGGACUCUUUGUUGGCAAUUAAGUUCAAUAAAUACCUCCAUUUGAAACAAA